UAUUCUUCUUCCCUCCACCCAGCGGCCGACACCCCUCCAACUUCCCCAUAUUACUUAUCCGCCCCUCGGAACUUUCCACUUCGGUCCCCGCGCGUCGCAACCAGGUCCUUCCUUCUCUCCACCUGUGACUCGACAGCCGAGUGAGUCCCCCAACCGCAAUCCCAAUCCCAAACCCCCGCCCGCCCGCGCGUGCGUGCGCCGUCCAUGCCGACGCCGGUGCCCGCCGCGAGGCAGUGCCUCUCGCCGGCCGCCGUCACGGCCCUCGACGCGGCCGUCGUGUCCGCGCGCCGCCGCGCCCACGCGCAGACCACCUCGCUCCACCUCAUCUCCGCCCUGCUCUCCCCGCCCGCCCCGCCGCUCCUCCGCGACGCGCUGGCCCGGGCGCGCAGCGCCGCCUACGCCCCGCGCGUGCAGCUCAAGGCGCUCGAGCUCUGCUUCGCGGUCUCCCUCGACCGCCUCCCCUCCGCCUCCACCUCCUCCUCGGCCGCCACCGACGAGCAGCAGGAGCCGCCCGUGUCCAACUCGCUCAUGGCGGCCGUCAAGCGCUCGCAGGCCAACCAGCGCCGCAACCCGGACACCUUCCACUUCUACCACCAGGCCGCCACCGCGCAGCCGCCCGCCGCCGUCAAGGUCGAGCUCUCGCAGCUCGUGCUCGCCAUCCUCGACGACCCCGUCGUCAGCCGCGUCUUCGGGGACGCCGGCUUCCGCAGCGGCGAGAUCAAGCUCGCCAUCCUCCGCCCCGCGCCGCCCAUGCCCAUGCUCGGGCGGCUCCCCACGCGGAGCCGCCCGCCGCCGCUCUUCCUCUGCAGCUUCGCCACCGCCGACGACGCCGACGCGCCCUCGCCCGCCGCGGGGAGCGGCACCGGGGAGGAGAACUUCCGCCGCAUCGGCGAGGUCCUCGCGCGCGGGCGCAACCCCAUGCUCGUCGGCGUCGGGGCCGCCUCCGCCGCCGCCGACUUCGCCGCCGCCUCGCCCUACCGCCUCCUCCACGUCGGCCCGGCCUCCAUCGACCACACGGACCUCGGCGUGGCCGCCGCCAUGGCCAGCGCCACCUCUGGCCUCAUCAUAAGCAUCGGCGACCUCAAGGACCUCGUCCCCGACGACGGCGAGCUGCAGGAGACGGGGCGGCGGGUGGUGACGGAGGUGACGCGGGUGCUGGAGACGCACAGAGCCGGCCGCGUCUGCGUGCUAGGGUGGUCCGCCACCUACGAGACCUACCUCACCUUCCUCUCCAAGUUCCCCUUGCUCGACAAGGAUUGGGAGCUCCAGCUGCUGCCAAUCACCGCCGUGCGCGCCGGAGCCAGCACCUCCGCGUUCAUCCCUCCGGCGACCACAACGGCCGCGGCUUUCUCCAGGCCUGCAAGCUUUAUGGAAUCGCACGUUCCUUUCGGAGGACUUGUUCAUGAUACGUAUGAAGCUAACAGCCUCGUAGCGAAUUCCUGCCCUCAGGCCCUUCGUUGUCAACCCUGCAAUGAUAUAUAUGAGCAAGAAGUUGCCACUAUCAUUAGAGGAAGUGGCAUUACAGCUGAAGACCAUCACCAGGGAGGUCUACCUUCCCUGCUGCAGAAUGGCAGCAUGAUAGGUCCUAACAAUGGAUUUGAUGCAGUCAAGGUCAGAGAUCAGAUGGUAUUGAAUUCAAAAAUAUCGAAUCUACAGAAGAAGUGGAACGAGUACUGCCUGCGGCUCCACCAAGGCUGCCACAAGAUCAGCAGUGGCCCAUACCAGUUAUUUCCAAACUAUACUGGUGUUCCAGCUGAGGGGGAAAGAGCAGCAAAUCUGAACAGAAGUUCUGAAUCAGUUGCACUUCAAAGGGAGGUUGUUAGACCUUCUUUAGUGUCCGCUUCACAUACCAACGCGUCCACAAAGAGUAUUUCACCUCCAUCUAUCUCCAACCAAAGGAAUGAAAACCUUGUAUUGGAACUUCAAGCUGGGCAUUCAAAGAGUGAUGAACACCUUCAAGAUAGGCGUGUGCAAUCCCAACAUGAAACCCUGUUAAACUGUCAUGAUCGUGAAGAUCUUGUGUCACCAUCAUCUGCCGCAUCUGUGGCAACUGACUUGGUUUUGGGCACGCCUCGUGAAUCUUCUUCCAAGGCUACCCAACAAAAGUCUAUACCCAAGAAAGUGGAUGAUUUGUAUCUGAAGUCUCCAAGGCUGUUUGCACAACCCUAUGCCUGUUCCGGGAAUUCCACAAAUAUGGGGCAAACAUCACCUGGUGCUCGGCAUUCAGCAACUUCCAGAGGUGUGUCGGCCUUUGGUCAUUGGCAGAAACCUUCAUAUCUUGAAGCACAAGGUUCUGAUUUGAGCAAUUACAAGCUACUUGUGGAACGCCUGUUCCAGACAGUUGGGAGGCAGGAGGAAGCCUUGAGUGCUAUUUGUGGAGCCAUUGUGCGAUGCAAGUCAAUGGAAAGGCGCCGUGGUGCAAACAAGAAGAACGACAUCUGGUUUAGUUUUCAUGGUUCUGACAGCAUGGCCAAGCGGACAGUUGCUGUGGCGCUUGCAGAGCUCAUGUAUGGCAGCAAAGAGAACAUGAUUUAUCUGGAUCUGAGUCCCCAGGAUUGGGGUGACUCAAGUUACAGAGGAAAGACUGGCACUGACUUUAUCGUUGAUGAGUUGAGUAAGAAGCGGAGAUCUGUUAUCUUCCUUGACAAUGUCGAUAAAGCUGACUGCCUUGUGCAGGACACUCUGAUUCAUGCGAGUGACACUGGUAGGUUCCGAGACAUGCGUGGCAAGGAGGUUGACGUUAAUGAUGCGAUUGUGGUGCUGUCAACAAGAAAGAUCCGAGGCUCCAGAAGUGUGUCUGUUGGAGUGGAAGAGGGUCAUACUUUCUCUGAAGAAAAGAUCCUGGCAGCUAGAGGGCAUCAACUGAAGAUACUGGUAGAAUCGGGUACAUCGAGCACCGGCGAAGCCCAUGGUGAUAAGGUUGUAAUUGCCCCAGGGCACUGUCACACCAAAAUUCAAGCAUCCUUGUACUCUGGGGGUUCUGUCAGUAAGCGAAAGUUCAAUAUUUCUGAUGACCAAGAAAAGCUGCAACAAUCACCGAGCAUUUCCAAGCGACUGCACAGAACAUCAAGUGUGCCCUUCGACCUGAACCUCCCCAUUGACGAGGAUGAAUCCAAUAAUGUGGACGACCACAGCGGCAGCAACGACAACUCAUGUGGCUCUCCAGAGAGAUCCAUUGACAGUCUCUUGUGUUUGGCUGAUGGGUCGAUCGAUUUCAAGCCAUUCGACUUUGACAAAGUUGCCGACUACAUGCUGCAGGAGUUGAGCAAUACACUCCGCAGAGUUCUAGGUUCUGGCUGCACACUGGAAAUUGAUAUCGGCGCAAUGGAGCAAAUAAUUGCAGCGGCGUGGGCAUCAGAGGGCAAGAGGCCUCUCCAGGCAUGGCUGGAUCAGGUGUUUGCCGGAAGCCUUGGGGAGCUGAAGGUCAAGUAUGGUAAGCAUGCCAACAGCUCUACUCUUAGACUAGUGCCCUGUGAGAACAUGGCAGCAUCGAAGGAAGAUGGUUGUUUUGGAGGUUUGCUUCCCUCAAGAAUAAUUUUUGAGUGAUGAUGAUGAUGAUGAUUGUAUCUGUAUAGGGAUAAGUGUAAUUAAUUUUAGCUAUUAGUCCACAAUAGUAUAACCUUAUUUUGCCAGGAAAUAAUGUGUAGCCUAGAUCAUGAUCCAUGGCCUUCAUAUAUAUCAGCAAUAUAUAUUGAUUGUAACUCAUCUUGAUUUGUCAAUGUAUCAUUGUUGUAUAUAGUACGAUGAUGUAGCAGCUGAA